AUGAAACCAGAUGUUUUUGAACAGAUAAUUAAGGCAAAACCCAUUCAGUUGACAUGUAAGGCAGUAUUGUAUUAAAAUGUUGUUGUUUUAGGGAAAGGAAACCGAAAUUGUUUUGUUUUACAUGAAAAAAGUGUGUACAAUGCUCUGGGGAAUGGUUCUGUCAGUUGGAAGCGGUAAGAUGUUAUCUGUUUUGGUGCGUAUAUUAACUGUAGAUCUAUACAGUAAGAUUUGGGAAGUAUAUUUUGUGUUGUUUACAGUGAAGACGAGAAGAAGUCUCCGUACCCCCUGCCAACUCGAUUCCAGCUGAUAUUCCUUCCAUUUGACUCUCAUUUUGUGAUUGACGAUGGUUCCUCGGCGACAUUGGAUCAAGUUGCUUUCAUCCAUUUCUACUUUUUGUUUGUUUCGGUAAGAGAAAUGUUGUUGAUAUUGUUUUUGAGUUUAGAGUGUAGAUGAGUAUCGUCAAGUGCUGCCUGAGUUUGCGGAAUGGUUUAGUCAAGUCAGGAACAGUAACUUCAUUAUAGUUUUUGAUUCAACUCGGGCUAAAGAGAACAAAUCUAGAGGUCACAUUAUGGAAAAACUGAAGAAUGAUGUUCAGAACCAUCUAAACAAGUACGUAUACAAUAAGACAUUUAUUAACAAUUUCUCUAGAAGGUAAAUAGCAAAAUAUAUUUUAUAAUUUUAGGAUCUUUGAGAUAAACAUCAACAAACCUGGCUUUAGUGGAGCUGUCUUAUCAACCUUUACGGCUUCGUUGGACAAGUACUCAAACAAUAUCAAUUCUGCUGUUCUAACAAAGAGAAGUGAGCACGACGAGUCAGGUUUUAGUCUGAUAAGCUUGAUAAACUUGGAAUUUAAUUACUGUGUCUUUUACUGGAGUUUGGGAUUAUUAGAAAGUGCUCUGGAAGCAAUGGAAGAGAUGGUGAAGAUGGUUAAUGCCUUGCUGAACGAAGACUCGGCAGAUGUUUGGUUAUCAAAGAUCCGUUUUCCACUGAACGGCAGUAAAUGUCUGAUUUUGUCAGAAUCUUUACAUCGCAACAACUUGAACGAAUCUGAUUCUUUGUUAUCGAUCAGAGCUUUCUUGUUGGCUCAUCAGUUAUUUGCUUCUAUCUAUGUGUUUGAGGAGCGAAAGCAGAAGAAGCUGGAAGACGUGGCUACUCUGAAUAACCUGAAGAACUACUUUGUCACAUUACUGUCGAGGUACGGUUUGGAAACGAUUGAAGAAGUUAUCAACGAUUGGCGACGAUUAAAGGUAUAUUGUACAUGUUGUAUGUAUUGUGAGCAGGGCUGGUAUAUAAAAAUAUUUUUAAUGGUAUUGAGAGUUCAAAACUUUAUUUUUAUUAUUGAUGUUACAGUUGGCAGACGACAAAUUACUCUUAAACUACAUUACUAUCUUUUGGUUGGAGGAAAUCGUAUCUUUUCUGGAGCUGAUUGGAGAUUACUUGAACUCAGAGAAUGCUGCUAAGUUUAUCAUACAGAUCUAUCAGCUUCUUAUCGAUAGUGUAAGUGAUCUACACUGCUUGUAUUGCUAUAUUAUCUUUUUUUGUCGGUAUUUAUGGGAUUUAUAUAAAAUGACGUUUUAGUGGGAAGACCUUAAUACAAAGAAGUAUAGUAACAAGUACAACAAUUGGUUUGAAAGUAUUCAGAAGCCAGAUGAGUCUUUGACUCCACUUAUUCAUACUCUCAAGUUCUUAAGAGAUGACGAGAUGUUCGUAUGUUACAGAGAAACCUUGAAACGAGGCCUAGAAGCCAUGAAGACUCACGGAUGGAAGGUGUAUUACACUCAGAACAAAUGGAAGCGAGUCAAGUUGUUACAGUAAGCUUUGUUUAUAAUUUUUCGAUUGGUUAUUGUUGUGGCAAAUUAUCAACAAACACUUACAUUAUGUAUUAUAUUCUUUUAUAUCAACACACUUUAUAUCCUUUCAUACUUUAGUGAUAACGGUAAACUGGUUGACUUUCGAGCUGAAUUGUCCGAGUUUUUGGACUGUACUUAUCGAGUUAAAAUGCCCGUAAAAUGGCUUCUGGACGUUUUCAAACAUCUUACUGUAUCUUUUAAGGGUACUGUAGAAAAGGAACCACUGUUGUAAGUUUUUAAUAUUUUUUUACAGUUGGUAUGUAAUGAAGGUAUUUAUCAUGUUAAUAUUAUGGGGUACCAAUACUAUAUUUUCAGCUUGAUACCUAUAGUAUUGUCACAAUUUAUCUACCAACCAACAGAAGACACUUUUAAACGAUUGAAGUCUUUGAAACGGACAGAUUCUAUAGUUUUGUAAGUGUUAUAUGUUGUUAACAGGCUUUUAAUGUUUAUUCAAAAUGUCUUCGUAGUAAGUAAUAAUGGUUUAUUUCAGAAGCAAUUACAAUUGGAGGUAUAACACAGAUUAUCCGUUCAAAGUACGUACUGUGGAUCAGAAUGUGAUCUGCAAGGUCGCAACUACCUUCAAGUUUACUGUGAAGUUGAUCAGUAACUUGCCCAUACCUGUCAAAUGUAAUGUAAAAGCAGUUUUAUGUCCUUUGACUGAAGAACAUACUAUAUCAUCACAUCCAUUGUACAAGAUACGACUUGAUGUAAAUUUUGGUUAUUUUUUAUCUUUAUGUUCGAUACUAUUGUUAUGUGUAAUAUCUUAUUGUAUUACGAUUGUGUAUGCUUUCUGAUGUCGUACGAAAAUGAUAGUAUUUAUAUUGUUGUAGAAUGGAGUUGCCAAAGUUGCAAACGUCCAAAAAGGAAUUACCAAAAGUAAAUGGACAAGUAUUAUUGAGAAAACUAUGAAGACUGAGGGUACGGUGGAAGCGAAGAGAACCAAUGGUACAGUAGUAUCUCCAAGGAUCAAUAUCAUGGAAUUUGAAGCAGAGGUACGUACUCAAUUUGUAAAUCACAUGUCUUACUUAAAGUUUAAACGUAUACUUAUCAUACUUUGUAAAAUACGCAUUGAAGUUUACUGUUUUGUUGCAAUUCUCUCUCUUGGUUAUACCGUAUUGCUGUAAAAUAAUAUUUUUAUGUAGUGUAAAUCACCCGGCUUGUAUACUCUGAACGAAGUGAUUGUACCAGUAACACCAUAUGACAUAUUCUCCAUGAGUUAUCAACACGAAAUGUCAUUAAGUCAUCAUCUAAAGCCAAUGUUAUGCGCAUGCACUUUGGAUCGACCGGUCGUUAAGAUUUGCAACGAUGACAGUAAGUUAAUACCCUACCUUAAUCUUGGCCAAGAUGCGUUUUUAAUAGUUUUAAUGGUGAAAGCAAUCUUAUUAUAACUAUAAGUUGGUUAUGCUACUUACUUAACACUGCUUCUUAUAAUCUGUGAUACUUUAUUAUGUUUGAAAAUAUGACGCUAUAUUUUAGACGUUCUGUUCGCUGGAAUAUCCCAGAAUCUGAAAUUUUACGUUGAAUUUGGUAAAGCUGAUUCAGGAGAAAUGAAUGUCAGCUUAGUCAAAGAAAAAGGUCAACUCGAGUUCUUGGUAAGCUAUCAUUGACAAUUAAUAAUCUUGAGGAGCUUUAUUUUGUUUAAAAAUAUUUUUUUCUUUCUCCUACCCGGUUUACAAUAUUUAUAUUAAACGGGCUUAAACUGUUUAUAUUGAUGAUGAUUUAGAAUUCUGACGGAAAAUGGGCCAAAGACUUAAAGGUUAAGGUGAAAAGAAGCUCAGAGAAGGAAGGCAGUACCGUGGUGACCGUUGGUUGUUGUGCAAAAAUCGACCGUAUGAACUACUCGGCGGAGGGCAAGUGUAACAUACUACAUAAGGUAAGAUAUGGACGAAUUUGUUGUACAUUUUGAUGAUCGUACCUAUAUAUGGACAAGCAUGUAUGAAAUAAAUGGAUAUUACAACUCAUCUGUUUCAGAUCAAAGUUGAAUGGAUGGGAAACUCAUUUUUGUUUGAUUUAAGUUUCAAGUCGAUGUUAUCCAUAAGGACGAUGACAUCAAUCCUGAAAGACCGGUAAGAAUGCUAGCUUUUUUAAUAUUGUAUUAGGUGGUCCAAAUAUGAAUGAUCAUAGUUUGUAGAAUAAAAAUGUUUUGUGGCUUUUAAUCAUAACUGUUUAUAGAAUUCUGUUCGAAAUGGAUGUGGAACGUUGUGACCACUUUGACCACCUUCUUAUCGUCCCCAUCUUGGCCAAAAUAGAAAACCCAGAUUCAGAGAAAGAGAACGACAAAGACGUCCCCAAGCUUCUGAAUCCCUCUUUGGACCCGAUUCCAGCCAGUGCCACUUACCGGUUGAUAUGGCAAUUGCCUCCGAACAAAGAAGAUCAAGUCCAUCUGGACUACAGUAUCUCAUUGGGCUACAAAAUAGAGUUGGCCACGGAUUCAGAAGUCAACGAUGAAAUGAUUAAGGUGAUAUCAUCCAGAGAUUACCUGUUCAAUGAUACCAUCGGCUUCACAGCUCCGAAUGUAGAGUUCGAAGUUUGUACGAGGAUUCUGACGGAACGUCCACAGACCGUGAUCUGCCGUUCCGAUCAUCCCUGUGAUCUGGCUGUGACCCUCAGGGCUUUGACCGAUAACACCCAAACUGUCAUAAUAUCAAUAGAAGCCGAUCCGAAUCACUGGGCUUUGAAUGAGAGAUUUAAAGGUAAUACCUAUGAUAUGUUACUUUGAUUUUUUAAAAUUUUAAACUUGUUCUUGCAAAAAUCACAUGCUGUCUUUUCUUUGACAUUCUCUUUUGUAAUUCAAAUGAGUUAUAUAAAUGGGAAUUGCAAUAUGAAGAUUUAAAAGUCUUAAAUGCACUUUUAUAGUUGUACCAAUGAAAGGAAGCGGACUAGGUCAAUGUUCUUUCCAAAUUACUCCAAAAGCUACUGGAUUCUUACCGUAUCCCGCUGUCUUCGUUCAUAGGUGCAAUGGUACUCAGAGUUUGGUGGUAAGCUUUAGUUAUCAUUUUCUUUAUUGACUUUGUGGAAUUAUUUUGCGAGUUAUAUAGUUAUAGUAGUAGCUGUAUAACAUAUUCCGUAUAUUCAGGAAAGAGACCCGAACACAGUACAUACGAUGUUGUUCGGUGAGCGUGUAACCCACUUCAACAGAAGCGAAGCCAAACAGAUUCAUGUCCUGAACGGCUUCGCGAGUACAGAUGACUCGAGCUCGGCCAAGUCUACUUCAAGUACUGGUACUAAACGGUCCCUCAGGUCACAAGCGAAGGAGAGGCUCAAGAUGUUAUUUGAAUAG